GCCAGGCCAGACAGGUGAGUUGGGCGCAAACAUUCCACACGCGCGGACUUACGUUACAUUCCUCCCUCAUCUGCUGCCUCGUCUGUCCUCCUCUCGUGCCUGUGACUUGUGGAUAUUGACCUGAAAAUGUAAGGCAGGGGCUCGCCAAGUUAGCAGGCGUAUGUGUGUGGCAGUGGCGGGAAGCAGGAGGGUGAUGUGUGGUGGGCGAAGUGCUGGUGGUGAUGGAGGCAGCUUGGAAGUGUGUGUGGGGUGCCCGCUGCCCUGAGAAAUAUGUAGAUCACACUUAACAAGCACUUUGCCUAGUGAAGUAAUACUAGAGUGACACAAUGCUGUGUCAAAUGAUGGAAGAAACAAUAUGGAUGUCCACUGUUGAACUUGUGGCGCUGUUCUGAAAUAAUCGUGCUAAUCCCCACAUCGAAGCAAGCAGUACUGAUAAAUCAGAGAUUAAAUAGACAUCAAGGGUGUGGAAGUGCAGUAACGGACCACCGGAGGCCGAAGUGACGGUCAGUCAGAAGUGAGGACUGGUGGGGAAAUUAAUAAGGAUCUAGAAAAUAAGGUCAGGCGGAUCUUUGGGUGGAGUGUGAUAGGCUACACGCCCCUCAUCCUUGACCUGGCCCCACCAUGAUUCCAGGUGGACUUGUGCCCGUGUGGUGACCCAGGAGCAGACAGCCAUGCCCUCCACCACCGCUCCUGUGGACAGGUUCCACCAUUACAAGCGGCCAGGGUCAAGGCGUUCCAGAGUAAACUACAACUACAAGUACCGGAGAGCGUCAUGUCCUCUAGCCUUCGAGGAAAGCUCCCCACGGCGAAUUCUCAGGUCGAGGAGCGCCGUGGUGAUGGAGGACGGGGUCAGCCUUAGCUCCGCCUCUGGGUCAGCCUCGGGUGCUGGGGGAUCGUCCUCCGCCUCCAGCACGGCCGGCGAGGAGGUGGUGCUCAGAAUCAACGUACCGGAGCUCAAGGUGGAAAAGUGCCUGCAGUUCCACCGAGAUGAUCUUGUGUGGGACGUGAAGCAGCAGGCCUUGGCGGCGCUCCCCAAGGUGGCGCUUUGGUACCGGGAACUUCGGGAGAGCUUCAAUUAUGGCCUCUUCUGUCCGCCCCAGAAUGGCCGUGCUGGCAAGUUUCUGGAUGAAGAGAGGCCACUGGGGGACUACCCGCUCCUCACCCCUGUGGGAUACCUCGAGCUCAAGUACAAGCGGAGAGUGUAUAAAAUGCUACACUUGGAGGAAAAAGCCUUACGUGCACUCCACACUCGGGCAAACCUGCGUCGAAUUCUGGAAUAUGUGAAGGAGAACAACGUAGACAAGGUGUCAAAGAUGUGUGCCAAGGGACUGGACCCAAACUUCCACUGUCAGGACACAGGGGAGACGCCACUGACCCUCGCUGCCCGUAUCAAGAAGCCAGCCCGCAUGAUAGUGGCUCUGGUGAAUGGCGGGGCACUACUGGAUUACCGCACCAGGGACGGGGUGACUGCCAUGCAUCGUGGUGUCCAGGCCAGCAACUUUGAGGCCGUCAAGACUCUGCUCGACCUCGGCGCAUCCCCAAACUACCGUGACGCUCGUGGCCUGACACCGCUGUACUACUCAGUGACCCACGCCACUGACCCGCUGCUGUGUGAGGCGCUGCUGCACGACUAUGCUGUGAUUGGUGCUUCAGACAGUCAGGGGUGGCAGGAGACCCACCAGGCCUGUCGCAACAAGCUGGUUCAACAUCUAGAACACCUACUCUUUUAUGGAGCCGACAUGAAUGCCCAGAAUGCCUCAGGGAACACACCCCUCCACGUAUGUGCAGUAAACAACCUCGAGGAUUGUGCGCGUGUCCUGCUCUUCCGGGGAUGCAACAAGAACGCGAUAAACUAUGCCAAUCAGACCCCAUACCAGGUAGCGGUGAUUGCUGGCAACAUGGACCUUGGGGAAGUGAUAAAGUCCCACAGCGAGGAGCAUGUCGUGCCCUUCAAGGAACCACCAAAAUACAACCCAAACAGACGCAUAUCCGGAGCUCCUCUGUCCCGCACUCACUCUGACCCUAGACUGGAAGUGAGCACAACCACCAAACCACCCUCCCCCUCCCCCUCAGCCCGCUCCAUCCCACCCUUCAGCUCCGCCUCCUCCCUCAGUGAGACCUCCACUGGCAGCAGCUCCACCUGCACCCACCCAAGUGAGAUGGACAGCGAGGAGUGUGCCAGCGCCUUGGGCUCGGCAAGCCUCAAUGCUGUGUCUCAGAAAACCCUGCUAUCUCUGGCAAUGAAAAGAGCAGCAGCCAGUUUAGAUGACACGGGCAUGGACUGCUGCGACAUGGUGAGUGACAGCUCCGGCGUGUGCACCUCCAACAGUGGCAGUGCGGAGAGCUACGAUGCCACACCCACCGAUGUGACACAGUUUGACAUGGGCAUGCUGGUGGUGUGUCUGCAGCAGUACACGCCACACAAGGCCGGCCACCUGGACAUCAAUGCCGGUGACAUACUGGAAGUGACGGGCAGCACUGAUGACGGCAUGCUGGAGGGGGUGCUGAGGGGCAUCACUGGGGUGUUCCCUCCUCACUGUGUUCAGGAGGUGCGGCUGCGCAACCCCCAGGCUGUGAGGGAGUCCCUGAUUGCACCCCAGGUGGCCAGAGUGCAGGGCCGACGAGAGAUGGUGCCCCCUCACUAUGGCACUGCACCAAGGAUAAGAAAACCGGUCAAUGAACCACGCACUGUUGUCCUUCACCGAGGAAAGAAAGGCUUUGGGUUUGUGCUGCGAGGGGCCAAGGCCACGUCCCCCCUGAUGGAGCGGCCCCAUGAGCGAGGACCGGCCCUGCAGUACCUGGAUGACGUGGACCCUGGGGGUGUGGCGGACCUGGCUGGCCUCAAGAAGGGCGAUUAUUUGUUAAAGAUCAACGGAGAGGAUGUGUCUCAGGCAUCCCACGAACACGUUGUGACCUUGAUCCGUAAGUCGGGUGACCUGGUGCAGAUGGUGGUGGUGACUCCAAGCCCCAUGACCUCCUUCACAGCCCUCAAGCCUCCCAUUGGCAACAUUGGCACGAUAAGACGUGGGUGCCAGACACUCCCCAGAAAACUCCACGCAGUGCGGUCGUCCCAAGCCCCCCCAGCUCCCCCCCCAAGGGACCCCAGAACCACCCUCAGUGUGGGCCGAGCAAGGGCCAAAUCCAUGGUGGCCGGACUUCAGGAUAUUGAAGCCCUGGAUGCCAGCAUGCGAGAGAAUGGGGAUGUGAUGUCCCGUUCUGCCGGAGAGCACUAUGGGGUGGGGCUCUACGGCUCCCCCCAGGGCACCCCCUCCAUGGGCACCCCAGUGGGCACUCCACCAGGCCCUAAAGUUGCAUCUAUUAAGGCGCGUCCAAGCUCAAAACGCAUGACAGCGGCAGAGGUCGAGGAUUUACUUCAGCACGGCAGCACCUCGCCCCCCACCAGCCCCUCAACGCGCCAGCCACAGGUGUAUGCCAGUGUGGCUGAGAUGAAGAAGGCAAAGGCUAUGAAGUCCAGGCAUAUGGGCAAGCUCGCACGUCUGCACAAGGUGUUCCACUCUACGCCAGACCUCAAGGCCGGGGUCACGGUGGCCAUGCCAGCCACCUCAGCAGAGGAGAAGCGAAAGUCCAUUUCCCAGGAAGACUUGUUUAUCCCAGCACUGAAUGGCCAGGGAUCACGACAUUCCCUAGUCUGUCCGCCACGCCGCUCCUCCACCCUGGGGAGGAGUCCUGUUGGCGGGGGGUCUCUCGGGUCUAGGGACUCCUGGCCCAGCGGGGAAGAUGAUGAGGAGGAAGAGGAGGAGGAGGGGAGCAGUGACUCGCCUAACCGCUCCCCAGGACCAAUGGAGUACAGGAUGCUGCGGCGCUCCCAGUCAGCUGUCAAUGCUGCCAUGCUGCGCCGCGCUGGACUGCACCCCCCUCCCACCCAUCCCCCACCCCCACCACCCCUGGGUCAGCUGGUGAAGGUGGACAUCAGCCGCUCCAAGAGUGACUAUGCCACGGUGGGCGUGGCACCCUCAACCCCUGACUCUGCUCCGCUCUCCCCGGCCAUCCAGUCCAGCUUCCGGCCAACAGAUUGUGCCAAGCUGUAUGCCUCCCCAGAGGAGGUGAAGGCCGUGGGCUACCGCAGCCCAGACUCGGCCGGUCGCAAGGGUGCCAGUGUCAAGACCCGUUCACAAAGCCUGCCACCUAGCACCUCACGGCCCAGCGUGCAGCGCGGUUCCCCCGAGAGGGCUGCCCAGGCCGCCUACUCCGCCUCCUCCUACUCCACCUUCCGCGGUGAAGGCAGGGAGGGCAGCAGGAGUCAGGAGCCACUCACACCAGCGGCCACAGCAGCACCAAGCCGGCCACCAGUGAGUGACACUGUGACCUAUGCCCGGCCAAAGAACAAUCGCAGUGUGCAGGAGAUGACUGAGGGCAGCUCACCCAACCGGACAUGUCCUCAGGCUGCCCGUGCUGCACCUCCCACCACGCCUGCCCCAGACAUCCCUGAACCAGACUACAGCUCUGAUGAACAGUCCUCUGCUGCCCUGUCAUUGUCCCAGGAUGACUCCAGGAAGACCAGGACCCUCAAGAAGAAGAAACAGUCGGUGGCCUUCUCACCUAACCUUGUCACUGCAGCAGGGCCACCAACACCACCCCAGCAGGAUGCCGAUGGGCCACACUAUGCUGCCCCUGCCAGGAGCCCUGCACCCCUUGGGUCACUUGGGAGCAAUAACUUUAGGGAUAUGAUUGCACAAAAGGCAGCUGAGAGACAAGCCAGGCAGGAUGAUGGACCUGAGGGCUCACAGUCUGCCAACUCCAGCCCAGCCAAGAGAUUGAACAAUGGGAAUGGCAAUGGAGCGCUGGGAGACGCCAUCCAGGAGUCGGCCUUGUUCAACAGGCAACGAGAGAAGAUCCCCGCCCCUCAGGGUGGCCGGCCAGCACCAGGCCCCAGCGAAGACCUCAAGACUGGCCGCAUCAUGAGGAACUCCAAGUCCUGCCCCAGCGAGUUCCUGGAGGAUGGUGACAACUCCUCCAGUGGUGUGAGCAGCGACCAGGAUCCAGCCGAGGCUUAUGUCACUGUCAUCAACACUGAGUCAGACACCAUUUCUGCCGCUCCGAGUGGCAAUGGCGGUUCGGACAGAUUCCUUGGUCGCCAGGGAUCGCAGGGAUCGCGCGAUGACAGUUCAGAAGCCUCGGAGAGUUCUGAUGAGGCGAGUGACCGCACGUGGAUCUUGACAAAUGAGCGCAGUGGUGACCGGAGUGACUCGAGUCGUGAUAGUGACUCCAAUGGUGCUCGGCGCUCUGGCUCACUGACCCGCAAUGCUGUGUCGCUGGUCAAGCUGCCACCACCACAGGAGACCACAGAGGCUGACGUGGAAGGUGAGGCAGCCAGACAGGGCGACCAAGACACACUCAGCACAGUGUCCUCCCUCAGUAGCCUCUCCUCAGGCUCCGGGGGCAGUGGAGGAGAGCGAGAGAGGUCUCAUCCACCUCUCAUCCAGGCCCAGCACUCCCUGCCCUCAGCAUCUCACCCACAGAUGAGGGCCACACUGCCCAGGACACCCACAGCCGUCUCUCGUGCGGCCUCAGCCCCACCACAGACCACCCAUGGCAUGAAGGGAAUGGUGGGAGGCUCUCUUGCUCGAGGUCGUCCCCGGGAGCAGCUGUGGGGAUCUGAAGAGGCAGCAGGAUUGCUGCGGGAGAAGAGUGCACCACCAGCCACCCGCACCCUGGACCGUUCAGCCUACAAGGGUGCGGAUGGCGGGGAGACGGAGUACGAGCGCAGCAUUGAGGAGUCUUUGCAGCUAAUCCGCAUGCACAUGGACUCCUUGAAUGAGGUGAACACUUUGGCUGGGGUGCCAGGGGCUGGGGGAGGUGGGGAAGUGGUGCUGGCACCUCCACCAGAGUUCUGUGACAUGUCCCUGGCUGAGCAUCAGCAACCACGCAGGAACAAAACAGUGAUUCAUAUCUCCAGCGACACCCAGGACCCACCUGUAAGUGUGGUGGGGCCAUCCAGGCACCACCACCACCAUCACCAUCACCACCACUUACACCAUCAUCACCAACAGCAGCAACAGCAACAGCAGCAGCAACUUCAACAUCAGCAACUUCAACAUCAGCAGCUUCAACAUCAGCAACUUCAACAUCAACAGCAUCAGCAGCUCCAGCAGCAGCACUUCCAGCAGCAGCACCUCCAGCAGCAACAAUUCCAGCAGCAACAAUUCCAGCAACAACAACAGCUGCAGCAGCAACAGGACCUGGAGCAGGAACCUGAGGAAGACACACCACAGUUCCGACACAAGACACUGACGGAGUGGACCACAAAAGACACCACAGAGUGGCUGGAGAGCAUCUUUAUGCCCGAGUACAAGGAUUCCUUUGAGGAGCAAGACAUCGAUGGCAGGAAGCUGAUGGGACUGAACAAUGAUACUCUCAUCAACCUGGGAGUGAGGCGUGUUGGACAUAGGGUCAGUAUGGAGAAGUCACUAAAGAGAUACAAACCCACGGAACGCAUUGAUCUUUGAUUUGAGAGUGCUUGGUGAGCCUCUCCCUUCAGUGAGGGUUGCCAAGAGGUGUGUCCGAUGAUCCCUUGUGCUGUUAUUGGGCCGUUCAUUUUUUCAUACUUAAGGUUAGUGGUGGAUGUGUAUGAUUCUUGUGUUUGCUGUUUAUAAACUACAUCGAUGAAGCCCUCAGGGUCCCAAGAAUGAUUUUUCCUGGAGACGUGUCCAUUUUUUCAUUCAUUAAUCUUCAUGGUCAUUUUCACCAGCCUUUCAUUCUUCAUUGAGUCAUAUUUGAAUGUUGAGAAGCCAUUGUGUACUAGAUGUAGUCUCUUUGCCUAAAAACGUCCAACUUGUGAACUCUUGAAACUCCAGACAAUAACUGAAAGAAAUUGUAUUCCUAGUUUAAAGACAGUGAUUUUGAAUUUUCUCAAAAUCUAUUAUGUAAUUUAUAAUCACCAAUAAUUUAAAAAAAGCUAUAUGUGUCAUCCUAAUAAUAAUGUAUAGAAACUUGGCUUUGAAGUGCAGACCAAACAUAGGCUGCAGUGGUACAGUACACAGAGCAUUCAGUUCCUAUAUCAAUAUUUUCCUAAGUGUCAAAGCAGAAAAAGGAACUCCAGCAUUUUUAUUUAGGAUGCAGCUCAUCAAAACUAUCCAUCACAAGUCUGAAUUGGUAUCACUGCAGAGGCCCGGCAGCCUGCUGAGUGCCGAGUGCCGAGGGAAUGACCGGCGAGAACAACCGAAGUGUAUCCAUCAAUGUUCGUCUCCCUGCCGGUCUUCAAAAUAUCCUGCAUGCUAGGUAGUCCUCAUUAUCCACUGUCGCCAUUGCCAAUUUUUAUACCUGUAAUAUUUUAUAUAUAAAAGUAUAUACUAUAUACAUAUAUAAUAUAUAUAUAAUAUAUAUAUAUAGCAUUAUGCACCAAGCUGUUUGAAGACGUGUCCUCGUGCUGGAGAAAGUGGGGAAGUGUUCUUAGCUCUGGAGAAGAAAACAAGUGCACAGACUAUGUGUUUGUACAAAAAAGGUUGUUGAUAGUGUACAUAUUACUGGAUCAUAAACCCUUCACUCAACACAGCAACAUUGUGUAUAUACGUCUGGUUCUCUUUGCUAGUGACUCUUGUCCAUUCUGUCUGCCAACUUUGUGUGUGCCAAAUGCUUCAUUGCUAUGAGGUGUGAUCAAGAACUGAGUGAACCAAGAAUCUGUGUGUGUCUGUGCCAAGAAGCAUGUCAAAUUUAUACAAGUAUUCAUAAGUUUUUUCUAUCAUAUUUGUGUUAUUGACAGAAUCAUGCAGCUGCAGGAUAUGGUAAUUUUAGUUUAAAUGUCAAAUAAGCAAUAAUAUGAUGAUCCCCACUGUGGGCAGUCUAUCUGUUAUGCAUUAAAUAUCUCAGACCUGGAUAAUUCUCAUGAGCACUGCUAUCCAAAUUAAGUUUAAGUUUUGAUCAUGGAAUAAAUCAAGUGUGAAGUGUGUUGUAUUACAUGUGCAGAAUUUCCCCUGAGAGGGAUGUUCCAGGUUUGAAAAUAAUUACUGCAAUGUGACUGUGUUUGGCAGUGAAGAGUUGUGAGCAUUUCAGAAUUUCUGGGUGGCAUCUGCAGUUUUUGUGGGACUGAAAGGAAGAGUAAGCAAAAGACAGUAAGAAAAAAGUUAGUCUGUUCUUCGUGUUAGCUCUGUCAUGACCAGUGAUGGAAGCUAACCAAGCAAUGACCGAGGACUGAAGACAAUGGCCAAGCUGAUAUUAGGACAAUUUUGAUAGUGAGUGAGCAGCCUUCUUUCUAAACACAUGUAAUGAUAGGCUUAUUCUGAACUUUGUCACGUCAAAAGUUAUGGAAUGGAGUAAUUCAGUGUAUCUAUGGUUUUUACUACACAGAAAUCCAAAUUGUGAAUAACCAGCAUUAGUAGACCCAGCUACUUCCUAGGUUUAUGAGCUGCGCAUGUCAAAAAUUCAAGCAGUGAAAACUCCCACAAGCUUGAGGUACAAUAGGCUAACAGUUUUCCUAUUCUCAAAAGUCAUUACUGGGAGCGCGAUAACUCCUCGGUUGGCUGCUGGCCGUGAACUGAAUCAAACUUUUACCAAUGCCAGCACGUUAGGAGUGCCUAGAGCUAAAGUGCAGCAUACUUCAGUCAACGCUUCCUUUAAUUUCCCGUGAUGAUUGUGACAACUUGAGCACUUGUAGCUGCCGCCUUGCCGGAGGCGCGCCACCCACACUCACUAUCCCGCUCUCAGCCACACAGGAGCUAAAUGGUGCUGACAUUUACACAGACAUUCACCCGACUUAACAUUACUGGCAGGUUUUGUUCAUUUCUUGUGUUAUGUUCAGUGAGAAACAUGGAUUUUGUUUAUUUUGUAUUUAGUGUUUAUUUGUCGCCCUCCCGUGCGGGGAAGGAAGGCUGCAUGCCCUCCACCCCUCUCUAGUCUGUCCGCUGUAGACUUCAUUAUUUCUAGGCGGAUUUUUUCCUAAUACAAAAUUCUUUACAAGUUUUAAUUAUUUAUCCAGAGAUAUGUAUGUGCAUCUGUGCUCAAUAAAGUUUAAUACUUUUAA